AUGUUAGUGUCCGACUCCCGUGUCGCGACUCCCGCCAAGGGGAAAAUCUUGGGCUACAUCCAUCGUCAUCCGCCCUACCUACCCACUGCUUUCAGAGCAGUGCUACUACCUGGUGACAAAGCGAUAGUCUCUGGAUCAAAGAUGGCUCUCCCUCUACGAGACGGAACCAAUACGCCUGCGACGCCUCGCCUGCAAGAAAUCCUGCCCCCAACCAACCGUGUCGAGGAACUUUCAAGCACAGACGACGACGAGUACGAAGACAUGGGCCCUGUCACGAUGGAAGAGCAGGCCAACAUUGCGUACCUUGAGUCUGUGAGAAUACCAAUCAGAGACGCAUAUGCCACCGAAACAUCGAUUACGCAGGAUGAGACGGAGGAAAUCAUCCUUCCCUAUCUGGAGGGCAAUCCAAACAACUUUUCACUCAACUCCAAAGGCAUUCCGGCCUUGCAACGUGAACGCCAUGUUUCCAUGUUGAGGAAGAUGCUGGGUGAUUAUCCUGGCCAGUUUGCACUGAUGGAUGCGUCUCGACCGUGGAUUAUAUACUGGUGCUUGCAAGGGCUGACGGCCCUGGGCAUGGACAUAUCCGAGUACCAAACCAGAGUCGCGCACACAUUCUCUCUAGCCCAACAUCCUGACGGUGGCUUUGGAGGAGGCUACGGUCAACUUCCCCAUCUAGCAUGCACCUAUUCUGCAGUACUCUCUGUCGCAAUGGCCGGCGGCACGGAGACCUACAAUAUGAUCAAUCGCAAAACACUCUGGCACUUUCUUGGCCGUAUGAAGCAAGCAGACGGUGGCUUCACCAUGGCGGAAGGCGGCGAAGAAGACAUCCGUGGUGCUUUUUGCGCCGUAGUCGUACUCUCUCUUCUCCAUCUGCCUCUUGACCUACCGCCCGAGUCACCAGCACGCAAACACGGUCUGAGCAAAUUCACCGACGGAUUGGGAGACUGGGUAUCCAAAUGCCAGUCCUGGGAUGGCGGCAUCUCCGCCGCACCUGGAAACGAGGCACACGGCGCGUACGCAUUCUGCGGUCUCGGCUGUCUGGCCAUCAUCGGACCACCAGAAGAAACACUGCCAAAAUAUCUAAACCUCCCCCUUUUGAUCCACUGGCUCUCGUCCCGACAAGCCACACCCGAAGGCGGAUACAACGGCCGAACGAACAAGCUAGUCGACGGCUGCUACUCCCACUGGGUAGGCGGAUGUUGGUCGAUUGUCGAAGCGGCCGUGACAACCGGCCUCUGGAACCGCACGGCACUGGCCCGCUACAUUCUCGCCUGCUGUCAGGAGAAGAAGGGCGGGCUCAAGGACAAGCCUGGGAAAUACUCGGACGCCUACCACACGUGCUACAAUCUGGCCGGCCUCAGCGCGGCCCAGCACAGGUAUGCGUACGAUGGCAAUGUGAACAAGGGACUGGGUACUGGCGCGCUCGGUGCGCCCUAUCACUGGAAGACGGAGGGCUUGUACGAGGCAGAGGAUAGUGUUUGGGAUGAUGGUGAUGUGGUUAGAUCUGUGCAUCCGGUGUUUGUCAUUCCCUACAUGGCCGUCUACGAGUGUCGGAAAUUUUUCGAGGAGAAGGUUGGGUUUUGA